AUGAGGGCCAACUUGGGAGUGCCUUCGACGAUCGCUCAAAGUAGGUGGGCGGAGUCUGCCACAUCCUUCCCGACGGCAACGGUGGCGGCGGCGGGAGGAAAAGAUAUCGAAAUCGAGAGAGACGUCGCCCACAAUCAACCAGGAGGCAUCUUCCCGAAUGUAAUAUUCUUGGAAUCUCUUGACUUCUCGGCGUGUUUCGUCGAUGCUCACCAAGUCUUCGUCUCCGACGGAAGUGUAAUGUUUCGACGAUGGGAUCGGCAGAAGAAGACGGGAAGGAAGAAGUGA